UUGAAUUUGGAAAUUGGAGGGGACACUGGUGGACGGACUGGAUGCAAGGAGAUGAUGUCGAUGGAGGAGCAGGACGUCAGGGUCCCAGCUCUGGAACCAUUCAGGGUGGAGCAGGCACCACCUGUAAUCUACUAUGUCCCUGACUUCAUCUCCAAGGAAGAGGAGGAGUAUUUGCUUCGACAGGUUUUCAAUGCCCCAAAGCCAAAGUGGACCCAGCUUUCUGGGAGGAAGUUACAGAACUGGGGUGGGCUCCCUCAUCCCCGGGGGAUGGUCCCUGAGCGGCUGCCCCCCUGGCUCCAGCGCUAUGUGGACAAAGUGUCUGACCUCAGCCUUUUUGGGGGUCUCCCAGCUAACCAUGUCCUCGUGAACCAGUAUCUGCCUGGAGAGGGCAUCAUGCCCCAUGAGGAUGGACCACUGUACUACCCGACCGUCACCACCAUCAGCCUGGGUUCCCACACCAUGCUGGACUUCUACAAGCUGCGGCAGCCAGAGGAUGAUGACCCUACAGAACAGCCUCGGCCCCCACCCCGGCCCACCACCUCGCUGCUGCUGGAACCGUGCAGCCUGCUGGUGCUCCGUGGCGCCGCUUACACACGCCUCCUCCACGGCAUCGCCGCCGCCCGGGAAGACACGCUCGACGCCGCCUUCAUGCCACCCAACGCAGCCUCCUGCCCAUCGGCGCAGCCCGGAGCCCGCCUGGUCCGCGGAACCCGCGUCUCGCUGACCAUCCGACGCGUGCCCCGCGUGCUGCGCACCGGCCUCCUGCUCAGCAAGUGACCGCCAGGCUUCAGGACUAGCGGGAUUCCGGGCUCCUGCCCCCUGGGGCUGCUGCAACUCUGUGACCUUGGAGCCCUGGAACAGAGACGGCUCCCCUGGGUUAUUUUCCCAGUAACUUUGUGGGAACCACAGGAGAAGACCCCAUUCCUAAUAAACCAAAAAUGUCUUUCCUUA